UGUCAUUUCAGCACUUCCAGGAGACUGGACCCCAAGGAGCCCCUGGGUAGCCAGAGAGCAGCUUCCCCAACCCCGAAGCAGCCUUCUGCUACUGCUUCUGGCCGCGAGAGCCCACGGGAGACAAGGGCACAGGGCCCAGCAGGCCAGGAGGCCGAUGGCCCCCGCAGGACGCUGCAGGUAGACAGCAGGACGCAGAGAUCAGGGCGGUCCCCCUCUGUGUCACCGGACAGAGGCAGCACCCCCACAUCACCCUACUCCGUCCCCCAGAUCGCCCCCCUUCCCAGCAGCACGCUGUGUCCCAUAUGUAAGACCUCGGACCUCACGUCGACCCCCAGCCAGCCAAACUUCAAUACCUGCACCCAGUGUCACAACAAGGUCUGCAACCAGUGUGGGUUCAACCCCAACCCUCACCUCACCCAGGUGAAGGAGUGGCUCUGUCUGAACUGCCAGAUGCAGAGGGCUCUAGGGAUGGACAUGACCACUGCGCCUCGCUCCAAGAGCCAGCAGCAGCUGCACUCCCCAGCCCUGUCUCCAGCCCAGUCCCCAGCCAAACAGCCCCUGGGGAAGCCAGAGCAAGAGAGAUCACGGGGCCCAGCGGGACCACAGCCUGGCCCCCGCCAGGCUGAGACAGCCAGGGCCACCUCAGUGCCGGGGCCUGCCCAAGCAGCUGCCCCUCCAGAGGUGGGGAGGGUGUCUCCACAGCCCCCUCUCCCCAUCAAGCCUUCCACAGCUGAGCCCAGGCCACCUGCAGGGGAGGCCCUGGCCAAAAGUGCCACCACAGUGCCCUCUGGGCCUGGUGCUGCUGAGCAGACCCAGGAGGGCCUCACUGGGAAGCUCUUUGGCCUUGGUGCAUCGCUGCUGACCCAGGCAAGCACCCUCAUGUCUGUGCAGCCUGAGGCCGACCCCCAGGGCCAGCCUGCCCCCAGCAAGGGGCCGCCCAAGAUCGUCUUCAGCGAUGCCAGCAAGGAGGCUGGCCCGAGACCCCCAGGCUCAGGGCCUGGGACUGGGCCAGCACCUGGAGCCAAAACUGAGCCUGGAGCUGGAACAGGUCCUGGAUCAGGGCCUGGAGCCCUGGCGAGAACUGGGGGAACAGCCAGUCCAAAGCAUGGCAGAGCAGAACACCAGGCAGUGUCCAAGGCUCCUGCCAAGCCAAAGACCAUACCGAAGGAAAGGGCCACCUGCCCACUGUGCCAAGCCGAGCUCAACGUGGGCAGCAAGGGCCCUGCCAACUAUAACACCUGCACCACCUGCAAACUCCAGGUGUGCAACCUGUGUGGCUUCAACCCGACGCCCCACCUGGUGGAGAAAACUGAGUGGCUCUGUCUGAACUGCCAAACUAAGCGGCUGCUGGAGGGCAACCUGGGAGAGCCAACCCCUCUGCCGCUGCCCACCUCACCGCAGCCCCCUGUAGGAGCCCCUCACCGUGCAUCUGGAACAGCCCCUCCAAAGCAGAAAGGGGCACAGGGGCUGGGCCAGCCAUUAGGUCCCUCGCCUGCCAAGGCCAGUCCCCUGCCCACCAAGGCCAGUCCCCAGGCCAAGCCCCUCAGGGCUUCUGAACCCAGCAAGACCCCGAGCAGUGCCCAGGAAAAGAAGAUAGGAGUCCCAGCUAAAGCUGAGCCUGUGCUGAAGCCACCUCCAGAGACUACCCUGCCCCCUGGGACUCCUAAAGCAAAGAUGGGGGCGCGGAGGGCUGAACCUGCCACCCCUGUCGUGAAGGCUGUUCCAGAAGCCCCCAAGGGUGGGGAGACAGAGGAGCUGCCGGGCAAGACUUACUCUCAGGACCUGUCUCGGAGCCCACAGAGCCUCAGCGACACAGGCUAUUCCUCUGAUGGUGUCUCCAGCUCCCAGAGCGAGAUCACAGGCGUUGUACAGCAGGAGGUGGAGCAGUUAGACAGUGCAGGGGUGACAGGGCCACGCCCGCCCAGCCCCUCCGAGCUCCACAAGGUGGGGAGCGGCAUGCGGCCUUUGUUGGAGGCCCGGGGCCCGGCCCCCAGUGGUGAGCGGGGCAAGCCACCUGGCAGCAGUGGUGAGGAGCAGAAGCGGCGGCCCCACUCCUUGUCCAUCAUGCCUGAGGCCUUCAACUCCGAUGAGGAGCUGGAGGAUAUCCUGGAGGAAGAAGAAGACUCUCUGGAGUGGGGACGCCAGAGGGAACAGCGGGACACGGCUGAGUCCUCAGAUGACUUUGGCAGCCAGCUGAGGCAUGACUACGUGGAGGACAGCAGUGAGGGUGGCCUGUCCCCUCUUCCACCCCAGCCCCCAGCCCGGGCAGCAGAACUGAGUGAUGAGGAAUUCAUGCGGCGGCAGAUACUGGAGAUGAGCGCUGAGGAGGACAACCUGGAGGAGGAUGAUGCUGCCACCCCUGGGCACGGCCUGGCCAAACAUGGUUCCCAGAAGGGUGGCCCCAGGCCCAGGUCUGAGCCAAGCCAAGAACCAGGGGCGCUGCCCAAGAGGCGCCUGCCCCACAAUGCUACCACAGGCUAUGAGGAGCUGCUUUCUGAGGAAGGCCCAGCAGAGGCCACGGACGGCACUGGGGCCCUGCAGGGCGGGCUCCGCCGCUUCAAGACCAUCGAGCUCAAUAGCACAGGCAGCUAUGGCCAUGAGCUGGACCUGGGCCAAGGCCCUGACCCUGGCCUGGACCGGGAGCCCGAGCUGGAGAUGGAGAGCCUGACAGGCUCGCCUGAGGACCGCUCCCGCGGGGAGCACUCCUCCACACUGCCGGCCUCCACGCCCAGCUACACAUCUGGCACCUCACCCACCUCUCUUUCCUCCUUAGAGGAGGACAGUGACAGCAGCCCCAGCCGCCGGCAGCGGCUGGAAGAGGCCAAGCAGCAGCGCAAAGCCCGGCACCGCUCGCACGGGCCCCUGCUGCCCACCAUCGAGGACUCCUCGGAGGAGGAGGAGCUGCGGGAGGAGGAGGAGCUGCUGCGUGAGCAGGAGAAGAUGCGGGAGGUGGAGCAGCAGCGCAUCCGCAGCACUGCCCGCAAGACCCGGCGUGACAAGGAGGAACUGCGGGCCCAGCGGCGGCGCGAGCGCUCCAAGACACCCCCCAGCAACCUGUCACCCAUUGAAGAUGCCUCCCCAACGGAGGAGCUGAGGCAGGCGGCUGAGAUGGAGGAGUUGCAUCGCUCCUCCUGCUCUGAGUACUCGCCCUCACCCUCCCUUGACUCGGAGGCUGAAGCCCUGGAUGGCGGCCCCACCCGGCUCUACAAGUCGGGCAGUGAGUACAACCUGCCCACCUUCAUGUCCCUCUACUCUCCAACCGAGACACCCCUGGGCAGUGCCCCUACUCCCAGCUCCGGCCGGCCCCUCAAGAGUGCCGAGGAGGCCUACGAGGAGAUGAUGCGGAAGGCCGAGCUGCUCCAGCGGCAACAAGGCCAGGCAGCAGGGGGCCGCGGGCCCCAUGGUGGCCCUUCGCAGCCCAUAGGCUCCCAGGGCCAGGGUUCCUUUGAAUACCAGGACCCUGUUGACCAUGACUAUGGCAGGGCUGCUCAGCCUGCCUCGGAGGGCACCCCGGCCAGUCUAGGAACAGCCGUGUACGAGGAGAUCCUUCAGACGUCCCAGAGCAUUGCCCGCAUGCAUCAGGCCUCCUCACGGGACCUGGCCUUUGCUGAGGACAAGAAGAAGGAGAAGCAGUUCCUGAAUGCCGAGAGUGCGUACAUGGACCCCAUGAAGCAAAACGGUGGCCCACUCACCCCUGGUACCAGUCCCACCCAGCUCGCUGCCCCUGUGUCCUUCUCCACCUCCGCCUCCUCAGAUAGCAGUGGGGGCCGAAUCAUUCCCGAUGUUCGCGUUACUCAGCACUUUGCAAAGGAACCUCAGGACCCCCUCAAGCUGCACAGCUCUCCUGCCUCCCCCAGCUCUGCCUCCAAGGAAGUAGGCCUAUCUUUUCCCCAGGGCCCUGGGACCCCAGCCUCCACAGCUGCAGCCCCUUGUUCAGCUGGCCUGCCACGAGGGUACAUGACUCCAACCUCCCCAGCAGGCUCUGAGCGCAGCCCUUCGCCUUCUUCCACAGGCCACAGCUAUGGACAGGUCCCAACCACUGCAAACUAUGGAUCCCAAACUGAGGAGCUACCCCAGGCCCCCAGUGGCCCUGCUGUCAGUGGACGGGCUGCCAGAGAGAAGGCCCCAAGUGUGAGUGAUGGUGAGAGUGGCACCCCCCAGGCCUCCCGGGGAUAUUCCUACUUUGUGGGCUCCAGCCCCCCUCUCUCCCCAUCUUCUCCUUCAGAGAGUCCCACAUUUUCCCCUGGCAAGCUGGGCCCAAGGGCUACAGCUGAGUUCUCUACACAGACACCAAGCCCGACCCCUGCCUUGGACAUGCCACGGAGCCCUGGGGCCCCCACCCCGACACCCACGGUGGCUCAGGGCACACAAACACCACACCGACCCAGCACGCCUCGCCUCGUGUGGCAGCAGUCCUCUCAGGAGGCCCCCUUCAUGGUCAUCACACUAGCGUCAGAUGCCUCCAGCCAGACCAAGAUGGUACAUGCCAGCGCCUCCACCUCCCCAGUGUGCUCGCCCAUUGACACCCCGCCCACCACCCACAGCUAUAGCCAGACAACGCCUCCAAGUGUGUCUCAGCUGCCCCCAGAGCCACCUGGGCCAUCUGGCUUCCCGCGGGCAGCCAGUGCUGGUGCGGAUGGGCCCCUGGCACUAUAUGGCUGGGGUGCCCUCCCUGCCGAGAACAUCUCCCUGUGCCGGAUCUCUUCUGUCCCUGGAACGUCUAGGGUCGAGCCAGGCCCCAGGCUGCCUGGCACUGCCGUGGUGGACCUUCGCACGGCUGUCAAGCCCACGCCCAUCAUCCUCACUGACCAGGGCAUGGACCUGACCUCUCUUGCUGUGGAAGCGAGGAAGUACGGCCUUGCCCUGGAUCCAAUCCCAGGUCGGCAGUCGACCGCUGUGCAGCCUUUGGUUAUCAACCUCAACGCCCAGGAGCAGACCCAUGCCUUCCUCAGCACUGCCACCACCGUGAGCAUCACCAUGGCCUCAUCUGUGCUCAUGGCUCAGCAAAAGCAGCCUGUGGUCUAUGGAGACCCCUUCCAGAGCCGGCUUGACUUUGGCCAGGGUGCUGGUAGCCCCGUGUGCCUGGCCCAGGUCAAGCAGGUGGAGCAGGCUGUCCAGACAGCCCCAUAUCGCGGUGGGCCCCGGGGAAGACCCAGGGAGGCCAAGUUUGCCAGGUAUAACCUGCCCAACCAGGUGGCACCUCUGGCCAGAAGGGACGUUUUGAUCACUCAGGUGGGCACUGCCCAGAGUGUUGGCCUCAAGUCAGGCCCCGUGCCAGAGCCGGGUGCUGAACUCCACCGGGCCACCCCUGCAGAGCUGCGUUCACAUGCCCUGCCAAGUGCCAGGAAGCCACAUACAGUGGUGGUGCAGAUGGGAGAGGGCGCAGCCGGCACUGUGACCACACUGCUCCCAGAGGAGCCGGCAGGUGCCCUGGACCUCACUGGGAUGAGGCCUGAGAGACAGCUGGCGUGUUGUGACAUGGUCUACAAGUUCCCUUUUGGCAGUAGCUGCACAGGCGCCUUCCACCCCGCCCCCAGUGCACCUGAGAAGAGCGUAGCAGAUGUGGCCCCACCUGGCCAAAGCGGUGGGCCCUUCUACAGUCCCCGGGACCCUGAGCCUCCAGAGCCCCCCACCUACCAGGCACAGGUGGUAGGGGGGCCCGCGCCCCAUGAGGAACUGAGGCCUUACCCACCGGGCCUUCCUGGCAGGCUGUACUCCUCCAUGUCUGACACCAAUUUGGCUGAGGCUGGCCUCAACUACCAUGCCCACAGGAUCGGGCAGCUCUUCCAGGGCCCUGGACGAGACUCGGCUGUGGACCUCAGCUCUCUGAAGCAUUCUUACAGCCUGGGCUUUGCAGAUGGACGCUACCUUGGGCAGGGCUUGCAGUAUGGCUCAUUCACAGACCUGCGUCAUCCCACAGACCUCUUGACUCACCCACUUCCCAUGCGGCGCUAUAGCUCAGUGUCAAACAUUUACUCGGACCAUAGGUAUGGCUCGCGGGGAGAUGCAGCUGGCUUUCAGGAGGCCAGCCUGGCCCAGUACAGUGCCACCACAGCCCGUGAGAUCAGCCGCAUGUGCGCUGCCCUCAACUCUAUGGACCAGUAUGGAGGGCGGCAUGGCAGUGGUGGUGGUGGCCCCGACCUCAUGCAGUAUCAGCCCCAGCCCAGGCCUGGGCUCAGUGCCCCACAAGGUCUGGCUCCCCUCAGACCUGGUCUCCUUGGGAACCCCACCUUCCCAGAGAGCCACCCCAGUCCUGGAAACCUGGCCCAGUACAGGCCUACAGCAGGCCAGGGAACAGCAGUCAGACAGCUACUACCAUCCACAGCCACUGUGCGUGCAGCCGAUGGCAUGAUCUAUUCGACUAUCAACACUCCGAUUGCUGCAACACUGCCCAUCACCACCCAGCCUGCCUCAGUACUGCGGCCCAUGGUGCGUGGCGGCAUGUAUAGGCCUUAUGCAGCUGGUGGGGUCACAGCCGUGCCACUCGCCAGCCUGACACGCUUGCCCAUGAUUGCCCCCCGGGUACCUCUCGGGCCCACAGGGCUGUACCGAUAUCCUGUACCAAGUAGAUUCCCCACUGCUUCCAGCAUUCCACCUGCUGAAGGUCCUGUCUACCUGGGGAAGCCUGCUGCUGUCAAGGCCCCAGGGGCCGGGGGCACACCAAGGCCAGAGCUGCCAGCAGGGGCUGCUCGGGAAGAGCCUCUUUCCACAGCUCCCCCUGCUGCUGUCAAGGAGGCUGUAGCAGCCCCAGCCCCAGCCCCACUGGCUGGCCAGAAGCCGUCAGUAGAUGCUGCUCUUGGGGGCGGCAGUGGGGCCCUCAGCCGGCCAGGGCUUGAGAAGGAGGAAGUGUCACAGGAGGAGAGACAGCGGAAGCAGCAGGAACAACUGCUACAGCUGGAGCGGGAGCGGGUGGAGUUGGAAAAGCUGAGGCAGCUGCGGCUGCAGGAGGAGCUGGAGCGGGAGCGUGUGGAGCUGCAGAGGCACCGCGAGGAAGAGCAGCUGCUGGUGCAGCGGGAGUUGCAGGAGCUGCAGACCAUCAAGCACCAUGUGCUGCAGCAGCAGCAGGAGGAACGUCAGGCUCAGUUUGCUCUGCAGCGGGAGCAGCUUGCCCAGCAGCGCCUGCAGCUAGAGCAGAUCCAGCAGCUGCAGCAGCAGCUACAGCAGCAGCUAGAGGAACAGAAGCAGCGGCAGAAGGCCCCCUUCCCUGUGGCCUGUGAGGCACCUGGCCGAGGGCCUCCCCCAGCUGCCACCGAGAUGGCUCAGAAUGGCCAGUACUGGCCACCCCUGACCCACGCAGCCUUCAUUGCCGUGGCCGGGCCUGAGGGGCCUGGGCAGCCUCGUGAGCCCAUGCUGCACCGAGGUCUCCCCAGCUCUGCCUCGGACAUGUCACUGCAGACCGAGGAGCAAUGGGAGGCAGGCCGCAGCAGCAUGAAGAAGCGGCAUUCCAUGCCGCGCCUGCGGGACGCCUGCGAGCCAGAGUCGGGGCCUGAACCCUCUGCGGUCAGGAGGAUUGCAGACAGCAGCGUGCAGACGGACGACGAGGAUGGGGAGGGCCGCUACCUCCUGACGCGGCGACGCCGGGCACGGCGGAGUGCUGACUGCAGCGUGCAGACGGAUGAUGAGGACAGCGCCGAAUGGGAGCAGCCGGUGCGCCGCCGCAAGUCUCGUCUUUCCCGCCACUCAGACUCAGGCUCCGACAGCAAGCAUGAUGCUACUGCCUCAUCAUCCACUGCCGCCCCUGCCGUGAGGGCCACAAGCAGCGUGGGCAUCCAGACCAUCAGUGACUGCUCCGUGCAGACGGAGCCUGACCAGCCGCCCAGAGUCUCUCCAGCCAUCCACAUCACCGCUGCCACUGACCCCAAAGUGGAGAUCGUCAGGUACAUAUCAGCACCAGAGAAGACUGGGCGUGGGGAGAGCCUGGCCUGCCAGACGGAGCCAGACGGGCAGGCCCAGGGUGUUGCUGGGCCACAGCUUGUCGGGCCAACUGCCAUCAGCCCCUACCUGCCUGGCAUCCAGAUCGUCACCCCAGGGCCCCUGGGCAGAUUCGAAAAAAAGAAGCCAGAUCCCUUGGAGAUUGGAUACCAGGCCCACCUGCCCCCGGAGUCCCUCUCACAGCUUGUGAGCCGCCAGCCUCCCAAGUCCCCCCAGGUCCUCUACUCACCAGUCUCACCCCUGUCCCCACAUCGGCUCCUGGACACCUCCUUUGCUUCCAGUGAGAGGCUGAACAAGGCUCACGUGAGUCCCCAGAAGCACUUCACGGCCGACAGUGCUCUCCGCCAGCAGACGCUGCCUCGCCCCAUGAAGACCCUGCAGCGGUCCCUGUCUGACCCUAAGCCCCUCAGCCCCACCGCCGAGGAGUCUGCCAAAGAGAGGUUCUCCCUCUACCAGCACCAGGGGGGACUGGGUAGCCAGGUGUCGGCGCUGCCACCCAACGGCCUGGUCCGCAAGGUGAAGCGGACACUGCCCAGCCCCCCUCCAGAGGAGGCUCACCUGCCCCUGGCUGGCCAGGCUCCCCCACAGCUGUAUGCGGCCAGCCUGCUGCAGCGUGGGCUGGUGGGGCCCACGGCUGUCCCUGCCACCAAGGCCAGUCUGCUCCGGGAGCUGGACCGGGACCUGCGGCUGGUGGAGCAUGAGUCCACCAAGCUGCGCAAGAAGCAGGCAGAGCUGGAUGAGGAGGAGAAGGAGAUCGACGCCAAGCUCAAGUACCUGGAGCUGGGCAUCACCCAGCGCAAAGAGUCUUUGGCCAAAGACCGAGGCAGCCGGGACUACCCACCCUUGCGUGGUCUCGGGGAGCAUCGUGACUACCUGUCAGACAGUGAGCUCAACCAGCUGCGGCUCCAGGGCUGUGCCACCCCAGCUGGCCAGUAUACAGACUUCCCUGUCACUGCCGCUGCUCCUGCCACCCCUUCUGGUCCCACUGCUUUCCAGCAGCCCCGGUUCCCACCUCCAGCUCCGCAGUACGCUGCAGGUAGCAGUGGACCAACUCAGAACGAAUUCCCAGCCCACCAAGCACCCACCUACCCUGGCCCCAGCACAUACCCAGCACCUGCCUUUCCUCCUGGUGCCAGUUACCCCACUGAGCCUGGCCUGCCAAGCCAGCCGGCUUUCCAUCCCACAGGCCAUUAUGCAGCCCCAACACCCAUGCCAACCACACAGAGCACCCUUUUCCCAGUCCCUGCUGACAGCCGUGCCCCCCACCAGAAGCCACGCCAGACAUCACUAGCCGACUUGGAGCAGAAGGUGCCAACCAACUAUGAGGUGAUUGCCAGCCCCGUUGUGGCCAUGUCUUCAGCCCCAUCUGAAACCAGCUACAGUGGCCCAGCAGUAACCAGCAGCUAUGAACAAGGCAAGGCCCCUGAGCUGCCACGGGCCAGUGACCGUAGCAGUGUGAACCUGAGCCCAGCCCCUACCUACCCUUCCGACUCACACUACGCCAGCCUGGAGCAGAACGUCCCCCGGAACUAUGUGAUGAUCGACGACAUCAGUGAGCUAACCAAGGACAGCACCUCCACUGCCUCCGACAGCCAGCGACUGGAGCCCCUGGGGCCGAGCAGCACUGGGCGUCCAGGAAAAGAGCCAGGAGAACCAGGUGUCCUUGAGGGGCCCGUACUGCCCUGCUGCUAUGCCAGAGGGGAGGAAGAAUCUGAGGAGGACUCUUACGACCCACGUGGGAAGAGCGGCCAUCACCGGAGCGUGGAGAGCAAUGGCCGACCAGCCAGCACCCACUAUUACAGUGACAGUGACUACCGACAUGGGGCUCGAGCAGAGAAGUAUAGUCCAGGCCCUGUGGGGCCCAAGCAUCCCUCCAAGAGCCUGGCCCCGGCUGCCAUCUCCUCAAAGCGCAGCAAGCACCGGAAGCAGGGCAUGGAGCAAAAGAUCUCCAAGUUCUCGCCUAUCGAAGAGGCCAAGGAUGUGGAGUCAGACCUGGCCUCCUACCCCUCCCCUGCAGUCAGCAGCAGCCUGGCCUCUCGGGGCAGGAAGUUCCAGGACGAAAUCACCUAUGGGCUCAAGAAGAACGUGUACGAGCAGCAGAGGUACUACGGGGUGUCCAGCCGGGACCUGGUGGAGGAGGAUGACCGCAUGUGUGGUGGGAGCAGCCGGUCCCGAGGGGCCUCUGCAUACAGUGGGGAGAAGCUGUCCAGCCAUGACUUCAGUGGCCGGGCCAAGGGAUAUGAGCGGGAGCGGGAGGCUGUGGAGCGACUUCAAAAAGCAGGCCCCAAGCCCUCAUCUCUGAGCAUGGCCCAUGGCCGGGCCCGGCCCCCUAUGCGGAGCCAGGCCUCCGAAGAGGAGAGCCCUGUCAGCCCCUUGGGGCGGCCCCGCCCUGCUGGGGGCACCCUUCCCCCUGGGGACACCUGCCCGCAGUUCUGCUCCAGCCACUCCAUGCCUGAUGUCCAGGAGCAUGUCAAGGAUGGACCGCGGGCCCACGCAUAUAAGCGUGAGGAGGGCUACAUCCUGGAUGAUUCCCACUGCGUAGUUUCCGACAGCGAAGCGUAUCACCUGGGCCAGGAGGAGACAGACUGGUUUGAUAAGCCCCGGGAUGCCCGCUCUGACCGGUUCAGGCACCACGGGGGCCAUGCAGUCUCCUCCUCCUCCCAGAAGCGAGGCCCUGCCAGGCACAGCUACCACGACUACGAUGAGCCCCCCGAGGAGGGCCUUUGGCCACAUGAUGAGGGUGGCCCGGGCCGCCAUGCCUCAACCAAGGAACACCGGCACCACAGUGACCACGGGCGGCACUCAGGCCGCCACGCUGGUGAGGAGCCAGGCCGGCGUGCUGCCAAACCACACGUUCGGGACCUGGGUCGCCACGAGGCCCGGCCUCACCCUCAGCCCAGCUCCACCCCGGCCAUGCAGAAGAAGGGUCAGCCUGGGUACCCUAGCUCCGCUGAAUACUCCCAGCCAUCCCGAGUCCCGUCAGCGUACCAUCAUGCCUCUGAGAGCAAGAAGGGCUCCCGGCAGGCCCACUCAGGGCCCGCUGCACUGCAGCCAAAGCCAGAAUCCCAGCCGCAGCCGCAAGGUCGGCAGGCAGCUCCAGGGCCACAGCAGUCACAGCCGCUUCCAUCCAGGCAGACGCCUUCAGCGGCAGCAUCUCGCCAGCCACAGACACAGCAGCAGCAGCAGCAGCAACAGCAAGGCCUUGGGCUACAACCCCCGCAGCAGGCCCCGUCACAGGCUCGGCUGCAGCAGCAGGGCCAGCCAGCUGCUCGGGGCCCGGCCCCUGCUGCCAGCCAGCCAACAGGGAAGCCUCAGCCGGGCCCCUCAACAGCCACAGGCCCCCAGCCAGCAGGACCGCCACGGGCAGAGCAGGCAAACGGCUCUAAAGGGACUGCCAAAGCACCGCAGCAGGGGAGGCCUCCUCAGGCCCAGCCACUACCAGGACCUGGACCUGCAGGUCUGAAGGCUGGAGCCAAGCCUGGAGGGACCCCAGGAGCUCCUACCGGCCCGCCAGGAGCCGACGGGGAGAGCGUGCUCUCCAAAAUCCUCCCUGGUGGGGCAGCAGAGCAGGCCGGCAAGCUGACGGAAGCUGUGUCUGCUUUUGGCAAAAAAUUCUCCUCCUUCUGGUGACCAUGCCCUGCAGGGCUCUUGAAGAAAUGAAAGGAGAUGAUAUUAUUGCUGUGGAAAAAUCUCUGGAGUCAGAGGCCUGGGCGCAGCUCUGGACUCUGCGUAUAACACCGCCUCUCUGCAGCCUGGCCAGCCAGGCUUCUAAUGCGUUAUACGCAGAGUUUGGGCGCACGCUGCCUGUUUCUGAUGGACGUCGCCCUCCCUCCACAACGCCAGAAGUUUUUCCACAGCCUUGGAGAGGGGCUUUGACUGAGGGCUGGGGGCCCCGGGCUCCGUUUCCUUCACAUUCCAGCUGGCCCGGAUCCCUCUGUGGCCACAGGGCCCUGCUCCCCUCACCCUGCCCUCUGGGUGACACCGGAGCAGACUUCUGUGUGGCUAGCGUGGUUUUGGGAGAACUUUAAAACAUUAGGACCUAACACUGUCUCAUCGCUGAAAUAAGAGGCCAUAGCACCGAAAAGCAGCGUGGACGCCGGCUGCGGCUUCUCCCAGCCCAUGGGUGGCCGCGUGCUAGCACACCCGCCACCAUCUUCAAAGCCAUCCCCCCAGUCAUCAUGAGCAUCCCAGCGGCGCUGCCAUUGUCUCAACCAGCCGGCUCCUCGUUCAUACACCUGGGGAUUUCUUUUGAUUUCAAGAACAGCCUUAAUCAUUUCAGUUUGAUUUAAGUGUAUACCUCAUAAACAUUUUUCUUUCGUUGCCCCUCCCCUUUACUCUCUUCUCUCUCUCGGCUCAGCUCCUUGCCUCUCCCCUCCACCACCACCUUGUGACUGAAGGUUUGGUUUCCUCUCUGCUCUGUCCCUGCUCAGCACAGGGAGAAUGUUGACUUAGAAGCAAUAGUGGGCAGCAGGCCACCAAGAGCACAACCCCAGGGCGGGGUCUAGGGAGGCCCCUCAGCCCGCCUCUGUUUACCGUGCAACUCCAGUCCUUCUUAAGCCAUCACCAGUGGACGUGCUCAGAGCAGAGGGGCUAGGGCUUCUGCCAGCCGACGGAAGGGCCCAGAGCCCUGCGUUGGGGAGUGUGGCACCAUCCAUCCACCCGGUGGACUGGGCGGUGGUCCCUCCCAAGGCCCUUCCCUUGGGGACCUCCCUUCAUCUUGGGCACAGCCGCAAGUCUCAUCUCUAACGUUCUAUGCAAUGAAAUAUAAACCCUCAAAGACAACUGUUAAUAUUUAAUAAAUUCCAUGUUAUGUAUAAGGAGUUAAUUGCAAAUCUGCAAUUGAGAAACUGGAUAGAUAUGCUCAUAUCAAACCCCUCACCUCCCCACCCACCCUGCCCCUGCCCCCACCAUGUGUGUGAAAUUCUCAGUCUGUGGCAUGUUUGACCUGUGGCAGGACUCGCUGCUGCCAGGCGAGUCACCGCCUGUCCUGCAGUGGAGCAUGCACAGCUCGCAGCCUCUUUGCACGAUUUCAUCCGUUUUAAAUGCUCGACCCCUUUGCUUGGAGUUCUUUUUGUCUCAGAACCUCUCCUUCAGGAGUUCUUCUAGCUGACUUUUGCACGAGCUAGUGAGGACCCACUGAAAUUGCUGCCCGAGCAUGCCAGGCCAUAGGCCAGGCAGUGCAAGGCACCACACACCUUGCCGGUUUCUCUGACCAAGAUGUCUCUGGAGUAGACGUGCUGGUGGGAGCCUGCACAGGAUGUGUGUGCAUGAACAUUCAGAAGGUUUGCUGUAGGAUUUCCAUCUGUAAGUCUUUCCCCCUCUUACACAAGCCCUGAGCCAGAGACAUCUGGCCACCCCUUCCUAGCGAGGCACUGCUCAAGGGCAGAGCUGGGCUGCAUCUGUAGUCAGAAAGACAGGCCACGGGCAGAGCCUGGCUGUGUCCUGGGACCCCAGCUCCUGACUGCACCUGCUCCCUGCCUCUCCUCUCUGGCUGGGAGGCUCAAAGGUCUGUGAUCCAGGAGAUCUAGGCUGGGGCCAGAGGGUCAGGGAGUGUUCAGGAAGAGUUGGACCUUUGGCAUUUGUGGUGAGGACAGCUGACAGUAUCAUCUUGGACUGGAGUGAGUGUUCACAUAGACCGUGGCUCAAGCUGAGUUUCUUGGGAAGCUUCUCAAUAACAAAACAUACAGAAGAUUCUGUUGUGACACUCUGCAUCUGUCCCCAAGACCCAAACUCCCUUCCAGCCCCCGUCUCUGAAGCCUAAGUAUCCCAUUGCUCAUUAGCUUCUCUACAACUGAGCCAAGAGGGCAGCAGGUGGCAGCUGCCUGACCUCUCCAGGCCCGGCCUUCCUCCAGAGUGCUCUGGUCUGUACCAUGCAGUUCUCAGGGGUCCACGUUUCUCAUGCUUUCCUGUAAGAUCUACACACCCUUCAGAGGGAUUCUGGCCCACCUCUGGUAGUCGUGGAUAAGAUAGGAGGCUGUCAACCCCCGUGUUGGGCCCAAGACCCUGUCCUUUGGGAUUUGGGCUUCACCCAUCCCAUGGGACACCUGCCUCAUCCCAGAGAUCAGGCUUGGGCUGGAUGAGGCCAUCUGUGUAAGGGCUGAGGGAGUCCACCAUCCAGCACCUCGGACCACCCAGGGCUCAGUCUGUAUGGAGAUGUGCCUAGUGGCUGGAUACGUUGGGGACCAAGGCAGUGAUCCUUCCCACAAAAGGCCAAGGGAUGAGGCCAGGAGCAGGAAACAGGCAGGGAGAUGACAGCAGGUCAGCCUCAAAUGUUGACUUUCCAGCAAAUCUCCUUUCUGGCCAACCUCUCUGAUUUUGAAAUUUCUGACAUCUGCCACUCCCUACCCUGCAGUGUACCCACAGGACACAUCUGUACCCAUCACCCCUUGUGAAGGUGGCUGGAGCAGGCCUCUGGGCCACAGGUGUCCUGGCCCUUGUGUAGAUACUGCUGUGGCCAGAGGCUGAAGGACUAGGAUUUGGUGCCUUGGGCAGUGGGGAGCAUUGAGCACAUCUCUACGUGGGCAAGGCGGUCUCUGGGAUGCACUAUAGACCUUCUCCACAGCUCCCCACCCCCAGUGUCAUGAGCAAGGGCACUGCCUCCCCUGUCCACUUCAGGGCCCAGUGUAUCCACUUCACAGUGACACCUCCCUUCCCCACCAUCCACUUAGUCCUUGGGAAGAGAGUGUGGUCUCAGGGCCUAUGAUGAGAGGGCAGCAGUGGCAGCAACUAUGGCCUGUCUUCUGGAGCCUGUGGGGAGUUUUCCAGGCAGAUCCUUUGCCAUGGCAGCAGGGUCCUGGCCUGUCUGCCCCUCCCCUGCCAUCAUGCUCCCAACCCCCAUUCUGUAAAUACGCAUCAUCAUGGACUCCAACAGGGUCAGGGGGACAGGCCUGAUGAACUGAAACUCCUCAGAGAUAUCAUUUCUGUCUCCCUGGGUAGCAGCAGCCCUGCUGCCAUGUGCACUGGGGUGGCACUGGAGAGCCAUGGAAAUUGUGAGCUAUUGUGUGUGUAUGCAUGUGAACAAGUGUGUGAGUGUGUGUGCGCGCGCGUGUGUGUGCGCACGUGUGCGCACGUCUGCCUCAUUUGGCCUCUGGGAUCAAAUCAGCUCCUUCUCUCUAAGUGCAGUGCCCUGGAGAGUGGUGGCUGCCCAACGCCUUUCCUCUGCUAGCUUCCAUGUCUUGUUUUUGCUUUCCCCUCACUCCUUCCUUGACUCCCUUCCUUCCUCUCUUUCUUUCCUUCUCUCCUUCUUUAUUUGAGGGGGGAAGAGUGCUGUACAAAGUCAAACAAACAAGUUUACAGUUGUAAGUGCAAUGACCCGAGUCCUCCACAUGACCUUGUGAAUUGUGUGCCGUCCUCCUGUGCUCUGUGAGAACUCGUGGUACUUGUGUCUCUCCCCCUGUAUUGUGACAAGGUAAUUCUGUGAUAUCAGAAUAAAAGGACUUGAUAUAAACAACCUACA